CAGGGCCACACCUUCUAACAGUGCCACUCCGUGGGUUGAGCAUAUACAAACCAUCACAGCAUCCAUUGAGGUGACCAGAACCUAGAGGACAGAUUGCUUACCUGGUUUUCUUUCUCUGUUUUCUUCUCUGAUUCUGACUCUGGUCUAGGGGAUGGUGCUGCCCACAUGCAGUGUGUGUUUCUUCCCUCACUUCUCUCUAGGGAACCCAUCACAGACACUGCAGGAGAUAAGACUGACCAAUCUUGGCUGUACUGAAAUCAAAUUGACAACAAUGACUAACCAUGACCCCAUUCAAAGGGAACGUUUAGAAAUGAUCUAGCAAUGACCAAACCCAUCCACAAUCUUUGACGGUCGGUUUUACUUCAUUAGUUCCAUUUGUUAGUCACAUGCUCAAGAAAUGUGCAUCCUCAGAAAUGGCUUUUCUAGUAAACCCUGGAGGAUGGUGAUAUUGAUAUUCUCUUUAUUCUAUUGAAUGUACACAUGUGAUCUCUAGCUAUAAGAUGAUUUCAACCAUAAGAUUUUAAAUUUGUUUUACUAAUAGUUAAAAUAUUUUUGAUAUAUUCUAAUUUCUCGCCUUCCAUUGUCUUGGCUGUUAUGUGAAGUGAAGUUUGCUUGACUUUAAUGAAUUUAUCUUUAAAUAAAUACAAAAUCCAUCAGAAACCAGUCAUAUUUAUUAUAUAUUAUGUCCUUGUAUGGUUACUUACCCACCUUUUAAAUGAUACUUAAAGAUGCUUGAAUUUAUCAGAAGAGAGAAAUACAGUAAAAGAAUAUAACCAUGAUAUUUAGUCAUUAAAUUCCAUGGUGUGUUCAAAUGUAAUCCCUUUCACAUUUUCUGCAUUUCUAUUUGUUGGGUUUUUUUUUUGUUUUUGUUUUUGUUUGUUUUUUUUUUGAGAUGCAGUCUUUAUUUAGCCUAAGCUUGACUCAAACUUGCUGCCCUUCUGUCUUAGACUCCCAAGUCCUGGAAUUAUAGCCAUACACCACUAUUGUACUUCUUGAAUGUCAUUUUCUGCAUCAUCAUGGGUAGAUUACAAUAGAAUAAUAUAUUUGGACUUCGAUCAAUAAACAUGAGGAUGUUUUGUCUAAUGAAAAGUUAUAAUAAAACCCCUGAAUCUCUCAAAACAAUGACCAAUUCUACUCACCUAGAAAUGAAGUUAAAUCUUAAAGUUCUUAUGAUAAAUAUCUAUAUCUCCUAUUCCUAUUUUAAAUUAAUCAUUUUGGUUAGAUAUUGCUGUCAUAUGUACCUUUUGGCUGCAGUUUUCCUCUCAGUGGCCUAAUGACUACCAUUAUUGUCCUCAUGUGGCCUUGUCACAAAGUAAGUCUGUGCUCACACCAUUUAUGAGUCAUGUGUUGUAGAGAAGUUGAUGUUCAUGUCAAUAUUUAUGUUUCUAACCAGCGUUCACAUUUUCAGUCAUUUGUUGAUGUGUUUAUUGGGACAAUUAAACAGUGUACAUCUUAAACUCAUGAUUUCAUAGAACUCAUCAGAGAUCAGUUGUACUGUUAAAGAACCAUAGUUGUUCAUGGGACGUUGACCCGGCCAGCGAGAAUGAUUUGUAAAUACAUAAAAGACUGUGGAGUGGACUCCCAUUAGAUCAGCAGGCAGUUGGAUUCAAGAUAUAGAGUGGGCUUGAAAACCAACCUAAAAACAAAAUACAAGUAUGUACACACAAACACGUCUCCUAAGAAACCCGUCACACACUCAGUUUGGAAACGCUGACUCAAAAGUCCUUAUAAUGCCCAGACUUGGAUAAAAGUUUUUAUAAUGCUCCGGUGUUGAUCUGAAGAUUUCUCAUGAAGUUAUUGAUUUGAACGCAUGGUGGCGGUGUAGGCUAAGAGAAUGAGUAAGAACCCUUUAGCGUCCUCAGACUCUGGUUCACCUAAAAGCUGAAGCAAAAAUACGGAACCAUUUGCUGCUGCAGCUAAGCAUUCCGGAGAAGAGGAGUCACCAGGAACCUGUAAGAUCAAUUCCACAAUUCCACAACAAAGGUUUUCGGGAAGGCCAAAGUUACUCGGUGAUGAAGAGCUAGAAGGGAUUUUUCCUCCGGAAUCAGACAAUAGAGAUGUCACACACAAAAAUGUGGUGCAAGACAAGGCAAGUGAUGGUUUUGAUUACAUCGAUGCUUUUGUGGGAGGUGGGUUCAGAAUCAAUUCAGUAUGCCAUGCUGGAGGAGACAGAAAGUGGCACGUUUGUGGCCAACCUGACUAAGGACUUGGGACUAAGGGUGGGAGAACUGGCUGCUCGGGAUGCUAGAGUGGUUUUCAAGGGGAACAGACAGUAUUUGCAGCUUGACCCUCAGACCCAGGAUUUGGUGCUCAAUGAAAACCUGGACCGGGAGGAACUGUGUGGCUCCACAGAGCCUUGUGUGCUGUCUUUCCGGGUGUUACUAAAAAAUCCUUUGCAGUUUUAUCAAGCUGAACUGAGAGUUAUAGAUAUAAAUGACCACGCCCCAGAGUUUCCUGCCAGAGAAAUGCUCCUUAAAAUAUCAGAAAUAGCUCCACCUGGAAAGAUAUUCCCUUUGAAAAUGGCACAGGACUUAGACACUGGCAGCCACAGCAUUCAGAGCUACACUGUCAGUGAUAACCCUCACUUCCACGUGCUCACUCGCAAUCGCAGCGAUGGCAAGAAGUUCCCUGAGCUAGUGUUGGACAAGGCUUUGGACCGUGAGAAGCAAGACCAGCUCAGACUAAAGCUCACUGCGGUGGACGGUGGGUCUCCGCCCAGGUCAGGGACCACAGAGAUUCAAAUAUUAGUCUUAGAUAUAAAUGACAACGCACCAGAAUUUGCUCAGGAGCUCUAUGAGGUCCAAGUUCCUGAGAACAACCCCAUUGGCUCACUGCUUAUUACAGUCUCAGCAAGAGAUUUAGAUAUAGGGUCCUUCGGGGAGGUGUCUUAUGGACUGUCUCAAGAUGAUGAUGCUAACGAGCCUUUUGAAAUAAACACAAAGACAGGAGAAAUUCGACUGAAAAGCACGUUGGAUUUUGAAGCAUUCCAGUCUUACCAUGUGGAUGUUGAGGCCCUAGAUGGUGGCGGGCUAACAGGAAAAUGUUCCUUAGUCAUCCAAGUAUUGGACGUGAAUGAUAACGCUCCAGAAGUGACCCUAUCCUCACUCAACAGCCCCAUCCCUGAAAAUUUGCCAGGUAUCAUAGUGGCAGUAUUCAGUGUUUCAGAUGCGGACUCUGGAAAUAACCAGCGGGUUAUGUGUUCCAUAGAUGACAAUCUUCCAUUUCUUCUAAGACCAUCUAUGGAGAAUUUCUAUACUCUGGAAACAGAUGGGGCACUAGACAGAGAGAGCAGAUCUGAAUACAACAUCACCAUCACUGUCUCCGACCUGGGCACACCCAGGCUCACAACCCAGCACACCAUAACAGUGCAGGUGUCUGACAUCAACGACAACGCCCCCGCCUUCACCCAAACCUCAUACACCAUGUUCGUCCACGAGAACAGCAGCCCCGCCCUGCACAUAGGCACCAUCAGCGCCACAGACUCAGACUCAGGCUCCAAUUCCCACAUCACCUACUCACUACUGCUGCCUCAGGACAAGCAGCUGGCCCUCGCCUCGCUGGUCUCCAUCAAUGCAGACAAUGGGCAACUGUUUGCGCUCAGGGCGCUGGAUUAUGAGGCCCUGCAGGCCUUCGAGUUCCGCGUGGACGCCACAGACCAAGGCUCUCCCGCACUCAGCAGCCAAGUGCUGGUGCAUGUGGUGGUGGUGGACGACAAUGACAAUGUGCCCUUCGUGCUCUACCCCAUGCAGAACGCCUCUGCACCCUGCACAGAAUUGCUUCCCAGGGCUGCAGAGCCCGGAUACCUGGUCACCAAGGUGGUGGCUGUGGACCGCGACUCUGGCCAGAAUGCCUGGCUGUCAUUCCAACUGCUCAAGGCCACGGAGCCUGGACUGUUUAGUGUGUGGGCGCACAAUGGCGAGGUGCGCACCACCAGGCUGCUGAGCGAGCGCGAUGUGCCCAAGCACAGGCUACUGAUGCUGGUCAAGGACAAUGGAGAACCUCCGCGCUCUGCCAGCGUCACGCUGCAUGUGCUGCUGGUGGAUGGCUUCUCUCAGCCCUACCUGCCUCUGCCAGAGGUGGCGCAGGACUCCAUAGAGGAUGCUGAAGAUGCGCUCACGUUAUACCUGGUUAUUGCCUUAGCAUCUGUAUCUUCGCUCUUCCUCUUGUCUGUGGUGCUGUUUGUGGGGGUGAGGCUGUGCAAGAAGUUCAGAGCGGCCUCUCUCGGAGGCUACUCUAUGCCUGAGGGACACUUUCCUGGCCAUCUGGUGGAUGUCAGUGGCGCUGGGACUCUUUCCCAGAGCUACCAGUAUGAGGUGUGUCUGAGAGGAGACACUGGGACUGGUGAGUUCAAAUUGCGAAAGGCAAUUAAUCCCCACUUUCCUUCUGUGCCCUCUGAGAGGAACACAGAGGAAAGUCCUACUCUUCGGAAUAGCUUCCUAUUCAUCUAAAUGCUUUAAUAAACUACUAAACUCUGUUUAAGCUUAGAAAUAUCUUUCAACCUAUAUCUGCACGCUAUCGAUGUGCAUUGACAGAAGUUUAUGCUCUUACUUUUUAUAAUAGCGCCUGGGAAUGAAAUCCAGUGUCUCGUGCAUGUUAGGCAAACUAAACCACUGAGCUAAGUCACUUUUCUUUUCUGUUCUGUUCUUUUCUUUUCUUUCUCUUUUCUUUUCUUUUCUUUUCUUUUCUGUUUUUUGGAAACAGGGAUUUUUCUUUUUCUUUUUUCUUUCUCUUGCUUAUUUAUUUACAUUCCGAAUUUUGCCCUCUUUGCCUGGUUCACCCUCCAAGAGUUCUUCACUCCAUCCCCCUUCUCUUUUGCCUCUGAGAGGAUACUCCCCCCACCCUCCCACACCCUCAUUCACCCACUCACCUCCACCUCACAUCCCUCUUCCCUUAGGGCAUCAAGGGAAUGAUGUGUAACCCUGGCUGCCCUGGAACUCUGUAGACCAUGCUGGCCUCGAACUCAUAGAGAUCCCCUGCCUCUGUCUUCUGAGUGGUGGAAGUAAAAGCAUGUGCCCACCACAGGUCUCACUGUGUAGCCUGGGAUGGUCUGAAUCUCACUAGAUUGACCUGGCUGUCUUGUAACUCAGAGAGACCCAUCUGCAUCUGUCACCUUAGUACUGUGACUAAAGGCUUUUGCCGUCAUGCUUGGCCUGUCUGUACCAUUGUUACUAUUCUUGAGAUUUUACUUUUUAGAAAGACAGUUUCUGGAGAUGCCACUAGUUUCACUAUUAUGCUUCAUAGUUUGUUUUUUAAUUAGCGUAACUAACCUGUAUUUGACAAGUUAAAUAAAAAUAUUUUAAUAGUAUAUGAACUCAAGCAAUCUUUUAAGUAUACUAUCAUGUAAAGUCUUUGAGAUUUCGUUUUAAACAAGUUAUUAAAUUAAUUUUACUAUUAGUUUGAGAAAUUUUUAGAUGUGAACACUUGAUAUUACUGAAUUUUGUCAAUUUAGUCUCAUUUUGUGGUAACUGGUUAUCAGGUACAUCUCUAAAUAUAAACGUAAGGAACUCUAAAUGCUAAGACACAUACCUUACUUAGGUAUGCACAGUUAGGAAUGUCUCUGUGAAUCCUAAUAAUCAACACAUAUUUCUUAUAUGUAGAUUUUACUGAACUGUCAAUUCAUUAAAUUAGAGUUUGUGAACAUUGUGUAAGAAGAGUGUGAUCUUUUAGCAUCAAGAUAUUUACAAAUGUUGAAUAAAUCUUUGCUUAAUGUUACUAACUGUCCAGCAGUCCUUUUUUAAACAAAAAUUCUACAAA